UAUCCCAUCGCCCUUUUCAAAUGGAAGGAAGUGAAAGGGCCUCUAACCAUAUCACUAUGGCUGAUUUUUGCGAGCAUAGCCAAAAUUAUUUUCCAUGCCAUUCCACAUUUGACAGAGAUGUUUCCCGACUCAGCACUGCUCAUCAUGAUAGGACUUAUUAUUGGCAUCAUAUUUAACCUUAUAGGAGUUGACAAAAAUGCAUUCUUCCUUGACAGCGAGGUGUUCAUGUUGUACCUGCUGCCACCGCUGGUGUUUGAUGCUGGAUAUUUCAUGCCUGCACGACAAUUUUUUGAUAACUUGGGUUCCAUUCUUUGCUUCGCAAUGAUCGGCACCACUUUCAACAUUGUAGCAAUCUCACUAUCACUCUGGGCUAUCUCGCUGACGGGUCUCUUCUCUGUUGAAACUCCCCUUAUUCAUCUGUUACUGUUUGGCUCAGUAGCUGCCGAUGUGGACCCUGUAGCUGUGAUAGUUAUAUUUGAAGAACUGGGGGUAAGCUUCUUCUUGUUAGCUUCGACCCAACGUCAGCGAUAACU